AUGGUGGAGGGCGUCGGCGGGGGAGGCAGCCCGGGAACGGACGUCGUUGCGUGGUACAGCCAUUGUCGGACUCGCACGAGCGUUGGCAGCAGGGAGGAGGGAGGGGCUUGGGCGGUGCUGGCGAGGCGACGCGGUGUGCGCGACGGAUCGAGUGGCGCCGACGACGAUCAGCGUUUCGCUGCGGACGACGGCGGCGGCGCUGUGCUUUGGACGCUGGCGUUGGAUGAGCAGGUCCGCUAUCGCAAAGCAGUUUUAGAGUUUCGGACAUCAGCGGCUCGGGCCCUAUCACAUGUCCAGACAGGGGCUGUUGCCAUUCCGGGCUUAUCUGGUGUGGGACGGGCCGGCAAGUCGCGACGAUAUAGCUACAAGCCAUCGCGCGUACCCAGGCUUUGGCCCCACCCCAUCCCACCGUCCCCCGUCGUCUGGCAAAGCACCGAGGGCGCGCUCGUCGGCCGCUCCGUCCCCCUUCCCCUCAUCCGCAAAGCCCAUACCUUGCAACGGAGACGCUUGAGCUCUGCUCGCGAUCCUGCGCCUGGUCCUUUUACCCCGCCCACCGACACCGACGACCACCCCGAACUAGGUUGA